UCCAAAAAGAGGCAGAGACGCUCCAACACUCCGGUCCGAACUCCCCUCACAAAGCCCAACAUUAUAUCUGUCAGAGAGGAGGGCUGCAUGGACGAACCCGGCGAUAAUAGCCGUGUUUUACCGCGAUUUAUGGCCAUGAAGGAUUCCAGAAGCUUAGCGGACCUCCAAUUACCCACGCUUCCGAGGUGGAUUGUUUGCUAGAGAAACAGCGGGGACUGCAGAAGGGGAGUGCAUGUUACUCGGCGGGCUUCAUUUCGUCGAUGCCGGAGAGCUGGAGCUGGAUGACAUGAUGCUGCAGAGCCCGCUCACCUCCACGCCGUUUUCCGUCAAGGAUAUCCUCAAGCUGGAGCAGCAGCAGCAGCAGCAGCAACAGCAACAGUCCGGCUCCCUGGAGCUCCAGCACCGCGUCCCCAGCCAGCAGCACUUGACUCGCUCUCCGUCCCAGCAGGAGCAGCUGCAGCAGCAGCAGCAGCAGCAGCAGCACUUCCAAAGCCCGCCGUCAUGCAUGCUGGCAGUGCCUCGGGAUAGCCCGUCUUUCUCGGACAGUGAGGACAACCUGGCGUACCUCAGCGCGCUGGCGGUGCGCGAUGAGGAGCGCGGAGAUCCGAGCCUCUCCCCGAGCAUGUACGUCCAUCCAGGGCUGCAGGGAGCCAAGCUGGAGGCCGCAGAGCUGGAGGCGCAGGAGAGCAAGAACUGCGGGUUGGUGUCCCGGGAAGACGCAGCGGACGGCGGGCUCGGUGAGUCGGAGAGGCCGGUGCAGAAGCAGCGCAGCCGGCGGAGACCCCGGGUCCUCUUCUCCCAGGCGCAGGUCUUCGAGUUGGAGCGGCGCUUCAAGCAGCAGCGCUACCUGUCCGCCCCGGAGCGGGAGCACCUGGCCACCACCCUGAAGCUCACCUCCAACCAGGUGAAGAUCUGGUUCCAGAACCGCCGCUACAAAUGCAAGCGCCAGCGGCAGGACAAGUCUCUGGAGGCGGCCGGGCAGCAGCACCACCCGCCCCCGCCGCGGCGCGUCGCCGUGCCGGUGCUGGUGAGAGACGGGAAGCCGUGUCUGGGCGGUGCGCAGAGCUAUGCCGCCGCCGCUCCCUACGGCUCCAACCCGUACAGCUAUAACGGAUACCCGGCUUACACCUACAGCAGCCCGGCGUACAACAGCAACUACAGCUGCUCGUACACCAGCAUCCCCGCCCUGCCGCCGUCCAGCACCCCGAACGCCUUCAUGAACAUGAACUUGGGAAACGUGGGCGGCCUCGGCGGCUCUCCGCAGGCCCAAACACAUCAAGGGACAGCGGUUACUUCCUGCCAGGGCUCCCUGCAGGGGAUCCGUGCCUGGUAGCCUCUCCGGAACAGAACAAGUGUCCUUUUUAUCAAACUUUUUCCUUUUCUUCUUUUUUUUUUAUCAACUCAUUUGGUGCAAAAUGUCCGAAUGGCAGUAUUUCCUACUCAACUGUUCGGGCCAAAGAACAAGAGUUUCCGUGGAGGCUGAAUGUCACUGCAAGGUGGACAUUUUUAUUAUUAUUAUUAUUAUUAUUAUUAUUAUUUUUGGUCCAAGAAUGUGCGCCCCUGUUUAGCGCCGCAAGGCAAAGGCGCAGAGGGGAAAAUAGCGCUUUUCUUAACGGAACCCCUAACAGAUUUUGAAAUAAUUGGUAUUAAAAUUUAACUUUUUGUUUUUCUAGAGACGAAAGAUGUUUUGGUUCAACAGAGAAUUGUUAGUCUAUUCACAUUUAUUCAAAUAAAAUAUUAAAGAGCCAAGGCGUUUUGAUUGUGUAUUACAGCUCAGAAACUCCGUAUACCUGACCGCACAAAUACAUAAAUAUGAACGUAAUGCAGCACGAAGAAAACAAAAUGUGUCACCUCCAUGGGGUCAGAGAUUUAGAUGCUCGGCUGCAAAUUGGAAGCUGAAUUUUGCACAUAAACAUGUUAAGAGGGGAGCUGCUGGAGGAGGCCGGGCCACGGGGACUCUUUGUCCCUGUGCCAGGCGCCUUGAAAGGAGGAAGUGUUUCUCCAUUUGAGCUCCUUAAAAGGACGCGAUUAAGCACCUAAAAUACCCCCGAAGAGCGAGCUGCAGCCGGGCUUGGAAAGCAGGAAUAAUGGCUCUUAUUGGAUUGCCGGACAAAGGGUGUGUGGUAGGCAGAGCCGACCACUCAGCAAAGACAAAAGCGCACCGGGGCCGUGAGAUUGACGUCCUAAUAUUCCCAUUUGAGCGACAGGCAGCGGGUUAUUCUGCGCAGAGAAGGGGACACAGAGGGAAAAUGUGGUCACUUUUGUUCUCCUUCAGGAGGGUUUUUCUUUCUUUCUCACUUUUUUUUGUCAGCGCAGAAAAGCUCUGCAGAGAUCCCCAGCCGAGAGGCUUCAGGGGCCGCCGGGCUGGAGGUGAAGACAGCGGGGAGGCGUUUGUCUGAAAGAAGGGGGUAUUAUUGCUACAAGUUUCACCAUUUAUACCGAUGAGGAAAAUGGACGGGAACAUUUUUGAAGAGGGGAGGAGGUUCGUGUUCUUAUUAUUUCAGAGGAAGGGUGCUAUUUCAGGCUGCAGAGCGAAGUUAUUCUUUCUCACAGGUGACUCCCACAGCAGAAACCCACGGCUCCUCCAACAGAAGUUGAGAA